GGGGGGAAGCCGGCGGGGAGCCUCUGGGAUCCGGCGGCCGGGGAACGCGUAAGGGAGCCAGCGGGGGGUGGCGUUGCGGGUAACCCUGCUCGGCCCGGCCCGGCCCUCUGGAGGCCUUCCCCGCUGGCGUCUUGCUCGCCGCCGGAGCUCCUCCCGUCGAGGGCAGCUGCCGGCCUUCCCGCGGGCGGGUUGUGCAGCCGGUGGUGGUCGCUGGCUCCGGUGCGGCUCACGGCGCUCCCCCGCCUUGUGGUGCUGAGGCCGCUCAGCACUGUCGCAGGGCGGUGGGGCUUCUGGCUUUUAAAUAAACGGGACGUUUUUCUCUCCUUGCAGACACCUUCCAAGGCUUUCUGCUGGAGAACGUGGGAUCCGCCUUGGCGCUAGCCUGCUGGGGUUUACUGGUGGUUAAGUAGACUUCAAAGCGGUGUGACAUCGCUCCGCCAGUCCCUUCCUUCUGUAAAAAGGGUAGCUGCUUUCUGAGCCAUCACAUACCAACUUCAUGUAUUCCUAAGAUUGUCAUCAGCUUCUUGGUUUUUUUCCUGAGGCCUUGAUGAGGUUUAAUUACUUAUAGGCUCUAGUGGUUAUAAAGUAAUUUAAGAUGUUUGUACUACUCAGUUUUAACUCUCUAAUUGACUCUUGUAUUAAGAGACAUUGUUUUAACUUGGGAAUGGUUAAAUGGCCAAAGAAUUAAAUUAUUUACGGAUAAGGGCUAUUUUAUUUGACUACUGUUGGCCUGCAACUUAAACUUGCAUCUUUUAUUUUUUUUUAUCCUAUGCUUUUUCUGUGUUAUGGCUGCUGCAACAAUAGUUCACGAUACAUCAGAAGCUGUAGAGCUCUGUGCUCCCUGUGGGUUAUACCUUAAGCCCAUUACAAAAAUGACCAUCAGUGUGGCACUUCCUCAGCUGAAACAACCGGGAAAAUCCAUUUCGAACUGGGAAGUGAUGGAAAGAUUGAAAGGGAUGGUGCAAACUCAUCAGUUUUCCACUCUGCGGAUUUCUAAAAGCACAAUGGAUUUCAUCCGGUUUGAAGGAGAGGUUGAAAACAAAAGUUUGGUUAAAUCUUUUCUGGCAUGCCUUGAUGGCAAAACAAUAAAGCUGAGUGGCUUCUCUGACAUUUUAAAAGUCCGUGCUGCAGAAUAUAAGAUCGACUUUCCUACCAGACAUGACUGGGACUCAUUUUUCCGUGAUGCGAAAGAUAUGAAUGAAACUUUGCCAGGGGAGAGGCCAGAUACUAUUCACUUAGAGGGCUUACCUUGUAAGUGGUUUGCAGCAAAGGACUCUGGCUCGGAAAAGCCAAGUGAAGAAGUCCUUAUAAAAGUUUUCAAGAAAUUUGGAGAAAUACGUAAUGUGGACAUACCCAUGCUGGACCCUUACAGAGAAGAAAUGACUGGCAGAAAUUUUCACACUUUCAGUUUUGGAGGCCAUUUAAAUUUUGAAGCUUAUGUUCAAUAUCGAGAGUACGCAGGUUUCAUUAAGGCCAUGAACGCCCUGCGGGGGAUGAAGCUGAUGUAUAAAGGCGAUGAUGGCAAAGCAGUGGCUUGCAAUAUAAAGGUUUCUUUUGACUCAACAAAACACCUCAGUGAUGCAUCGAUUAAGAAGCGUCAGCUUGAAAGGCAAAAGCUUCAAGAGCUGGAAAAGCAGAGAGAAGAACAAAAACGUAAAGAGAAAGAAGCUGAGGAAAAACAAAAGGAGGAAGAAAGGAAGCAGAAGGAACUCGAAGAAUAUGAGAGAGAGAGAAAAAGAGAAGAAAAGUUGCGUAAGAGAGAACAGAAACAGAAAGAUCGUGAAAUUCGACGAAACAAAAAACAACUUGAAAAGCUUCAAGCUGAAGAACAGAAAAAACUGCAAGAGAAGAUAAAGUUAGAAGAAAGGAAGCUCCUGUUAGCUCAGAGAAAUCUUCAGUCCAUUAGACUAAUUGCAGAACUGCUAAGCAGGGCAAAGACAGUAAAGCUCUUGGAGCAAGAACAUAAUGAAGAAAAGAUUCGCCUUCAGCAGCUAGAGGAGAGACGAAGGCUCCAGGAGGCUGAGCUCAAACGUGUGGAAGAGGAAAAAGAGAGAGCGCUGGGGUUGCAGAGAAAAGAAAAGGAACUGAGGGAGAAACUACUGAACAAUCUUCUGAGCAAAAAAAUGGAUGCAAUUAAUCAAAACAAAGAAGAAACUGAAGCAUCUCAGGCUGACACGCUGAAAACCCCUAGCGGUGUUCCACACACUGUGUCAUCCAGCUGCAUCACUUCUACCUCAGGACAAGCUGUUACAGGCAAACUGACUCCUGGCUCUCAGAGAGAAGUAGCAUCCCCUGAGAGUGAAAAUGCUCAAUGCAAGUACUUGAAUGGCAAUGUUCAUGACAAAGUUCAUGUCAAAGAAGGUCAGAAACUUCAUACCACAACCUCUGAGAGGUGUUCUGAGAAAAGAAGUUCCGGGGCGCUUUCAUGUGUUCCUGCCAGUAACCAGCAGCAGAAGAGCCUCUCUAGCUAUGACCAGAAUACCUGCAGGAAGGACUCACGUUGUGAGCAGGGCAAACAUAGCACAGAGCCAAGGAGAAGAAAGAGCCGUUCAUGUAGCAGUGUAAACACUGAUGAGAGUAAGGGUAAACGAGAGAGGAGCAGGCACAGAAGAGAUGUGAGUUACCGGGAUGAAAAGCGCCGGAAAGAAAGGAGGUAUUAUAGACACUCUAGCAGAAGUUACAGUCCUCGACGAAGCCAUAGUCCUCGUCGAAGAAGUGUAAGCUCCAGACGUUCACGUUACAGAAGAAAUCGCAGUAGCGAACGUAAACGAGACAGAAGAGAAAGAAGUCAUAGUCGCAGAAGCGUGAGCAGGAGACGAAGGCACCGGAGGAGAUCACUGACAGCUUCAGGAAGAAAAGCCUGAAAGUGCUUUGAAGCUACUUGCGAAUGCUUACUUUCCAAAAUGCAGAGGAAAUGUGGAAGAAGUCCUCUUUCAGUCCGCAAGCUGAACCCAAUCAGAACCUCUUAAAACUCAU